AUGACCGCAGAUCAUUCCGUCGGGGGCAUCAGAGACGACAUAACCAGGACGCAUAUGGAAGUUGGAUCUACACGAAGCGUAUACUCAUAUACGCCCCUCAACCCAGACGUCGAUUGCACCAGGUUCGUCAAGAUUCUGCCAGCAGAAGGCGAUGAUGCUACCAUAAGAUGCCAGUUGGUCGAAAUCCCAUUCGGGGAUCGACCACAAUACGAGGCACUGUCCUACACCUGGGGUGGUACCGAGAAAACCCAAAAGGUCGAAAUCGAUGGAGGCUAUCUUGGUAUUGGCCAAAAUCUUUAUGAUGCUCUUUGCGUUCUCCGGAAACGCCAGAGCGGAUGCGUGUACUGGAUUGACGCAUUGUGCAUCAACCAAGAUGAUGUUGCUGAGCGGAACAGGCAGUUGGGCAUGAUGGCACAAAUUUACUUCAGGGCGAGCUGGGUAAUCGUGUGGCUUGGAGCCAAGUACGCCAAGUAUCAAGACGAAUUACCAGAGGGUGAAGCCAAAACGCCCGAUGAUUCUGUGGCAUCUGACGAGAACACAUCGCCGAAUACGCAGCAGGACUGCGAGACCAGCAAUGCGAACUCAGCAGAACAUACAGAGCAGCGAGAGAUGGUAAACGAGCUUUGCGCCGACGGAUACUGGAAACGUGUAUGGAUAAUUCAGGAAAUCGGACAAGCAAGGCGACUUACAGUCUGCUUUGGCAACUUUGAGAAGAGCUGGGACGAUUUCAUCCAUCUAAUUACGAUGCAUCAGAAGGAUGACGCAGGGCCAGUGAGACUACACCGGCUACGACAGGAAAAAGACGAUGAUGGAUAUGCUCUCACAAAGCUAUUAAGCGACCAUCAAGAUGCUAAAUGCCAGGAUCCAAAAGACAAAGUUUACGGGUUGGUCGGACUGGCUGGUGAUGCGCACGGAUUCCCAAUGGACUAUAAUAAAUCUUUGUACCGGGUUUGGUCAGAUACCAUGGAGUUCGUCAACCGACGCCGUCUUGUGAAAGGCAAGAAAUUUAUUCCAUUUGGUAGACUAGUGAAGCGAUUGCUCAUGGGAGAUGACUGUUCGCCUUGGGGCCAAAUUAACGGGCUGAAUGCCGAUGACGGAGAAGAAACCGAAACCGAACUAAUCGAUGAUUCAGUCAAGGAAAAUAGUUGCAAAGUCUUCACGAUGACGGGCUCUGCGUUUGGAAGUAUUAGUUAUCUCGGGCCUUCAACGUCCGAAAUUGUCGCAGAUCUGUCCAAAGCUAAGGAUUGGGGUAUGUCAAUGCAAGCCCUGUACAGAGAUGACUUAGGCAGUGCACGCCGUGAGAGCAGGAUGCUUAUCCGAACAAUUCUUGACGCGGACGAUGGCCAACUUUCCAACUUUUGCCACAACCAUGUAAGUUCGGUCGUAUGGGGAGAUGGUCUACACAACGCGAUGCUCCUGUACGCUGAGCGCAAUCUCCCGCGCCACAACAACGGAGAUCCUGGAAUUUCGGCCGACUCUGAUAGCAGCUCAGCCCGCUUGUACCAGGCUUGCAAUGGGAGUGGGGGAGACGGGCAGUGGAAGAUGGGCGUUGUGUCUGCCAGGGCGCAAAAGGGCGAUAUAUUAUGUUCAGUUGAUGGGGUGAGCAAGGCUGUAGCUGUACGGGCAUACAGAACGGCUAAUUUCCAGCAUCCUCGGUUUCGGAUAUAUGGUGCCGUCAUGCACAACCCAACUCAAUGCGCAACGCAAAUUGACGGUGCCAAUUCCUGUAUUCUAAUCGGCGCACUCGCCCCAUUAAGUCCACCAGGAUGGGUUGAUGCAGGCAAGCAGCUCCUCGCGGGCCUCGAAUUGGCCGUCCUCGAGGUCAACCGUUCCGGCGGCAUCUCAGGAAGGCUCCUCAAGCUCCUAGUCAGAGACACGGCGGCAGAUGCGCAAAAGGCUGUCAAAGCGGUCGAUGAACUCGUUGGAAUGGGCGUAGUCGCUUUGGUAGGCGAGUAUCACAGCGUUGUUGCGCGUGCCAUCGCCACGAGAGCCGCAGCCAUUGGCAUUCCGUAUCUGUGUUCAUCUGCCGUCAUUGACGAGCUUCAGGUUAAUGACUGUACUUCUGGCAUCGAUGAGACAACAAAGACAGACUCGGUGGCUCGUCUUGCACCGGCGCAAUCUCAUGGCUGGAGUAUCUACGCUGACUUUCUUCUCUCUGCGGGCCACAAUUCCAUCGCCGUUGCUGCUGAUCCGUCGAGCGUCUACUGGAGAUCUGGGAGCCGUAUCCUGCGAGAGAACUUUGCUCCGCGUGGAGGCUCAGUGAUUGAGUUGGACGUUCGUGAGCUGACGCCUACGACACUUUGUGAUGAGCUUGUUCGUCAAAGAGACAAUGCUCGUGUCUCGGCUCUUCUCUUAUUAGUUGGGCAUCCGGAACCAGCUGUCUCAAUAGUUAAAUCCGUGCGCCGCGAUAAAAGACUCGAAGGCAUCACGAUUGGUACUCCAGCUGGACAGGCUGAGUUUGCUGAAUGGAGCACGUUGCUAGGAGAUGGAGGCGCCGCGAUCCCUUUCCUAUCGUAUCUGCCGGAGAGACUCAGUCCAUUAGGGACACGAGUUGAGGCAGCUCUGUUUGAGAAAUUGGCUACUAAUGCCUCCUUUGUCGCCUUUGAAGGAUACGAUACCAUUCUCGUUCUUGCUGAGCUGCUGCGUACUCGUGGUGUCGAGAGGACUGAUACUCCCCCGCCUUGGUCACAACUUAGUGUUCCAGGCACACGCGGGCAGAUUUCAUUCUCUAGGGUCCCUGGUAUAAAUAUUUGGCAAUGGGCAUGGCCGCCUGUACGGGUUGUUGAUCGGGAACCUGGGCAACUUGGCCGACUCCGGAUCCGUCAUGUUGGCAAGGCGGAAUAA